ACCUCCGUCCAUUUACACACACACACACACACUCUCUCUCUCACAGAGUCUGUGGAGUAAAUAUAUGAGUUACUCUUCUUCGUGGUAGCGACUUGGGGGAUCUGCUGCACACAGUUCUCCAAAGAGCAUUGGAGCAAUCGAUCUUCAAAGGAGGCUAUCAUUUGUAGCUUGACAAAGAUGAAGUUCUCUCCUCUCUUGUAAUAAGUGGAUUAGCUUUCUGGUCGGAAAAUCCAAAUAUUGAUCAUCUGGUUUGGGGAGAGAAUCUCAUUGUAUAAUUGAGAUCUGGGAACUGAUAACAAACUUGUGAAUUAAGCUGCCAGAGAAAUGAUUAACAAGUCACUUUUCUUGACUUACCUGUACCUAUUAAUCUACAUCUUGCUGUCAUCUGGAGUUAUUCUGUACAACAAGUGGGUUCUCUCUCCGAAGUACUUCAAUUUUCCCUUUCCUAUCACACUUACUAUGAUACACAUGGGCUUUUCUGGAGCUGUAUCAUUCCUUCUUGUUCGUGUUUUCAAGGUUGUUGCCCCUGUUAAAAUGACCUUUGAAAUAUAUGCGACAUGUGUAGUUCCCAUCAGCGCUUUCUUUGCAUCAAGUCUCUGGUUUGGCAACACUGCUUACUUGCAUAUAUCAGUGGCCUUCAUUCAGAUGCUGAAAGCCCUAAUGCCGGUGGCAACACUUAUCAUGGCUGUUUUAUGUGGCACGGACAAGCUUAGGUGGGAUGUGUUCUUGAACAUGUUGCUGGUCAGCGUUGGAGUUGUGAUCUCCUCGUAUGGGGAAAUCCAUUUUAAUAUAGUUGGUACGCUUUACCAGGUCACGGGUAUUUUUGCAGAAGCUUUGAGGCUAGUGUUAACUCAAGUCCUCCUGCAAAAGAAGGGUUUAAAUCUAAACCCGAUUACAAGCUUAUAUUACAUAGCUCCUUGCAGUUUUGCGUUCCUGUUUGUGCCUUGGUAUUUCUUGGAGAAGACUGGCAUGGAAGUUUCACAGAUUCAGUUCAAUUUCUGGAUUUUCUUCUCCAAUGCCGUAUGUGCUUUAGCAUUGAACUUCUCAAUUUUCCUAGUGAUUGGUAGAACUGGAGCAGUUACCAUUCGAGUUGCUGGGGUCCUGAAAGAUUGGAUACUUAUAGCUCUUUCAACCGUAAUAUUUCCAGAGUCUGCCAUUACUGGGCUGAAUAUUAUUGGAUAUGCCAUCGCACUUUGUGGCGUAGUCAUGUACAACUACAUAAAGGUGAAGGAUGUUAAAGCAUCUCAAACUCCUGCAGAUAGCAUCCCAGAACGAAUGACAAAGGAUUGGAGGCUCGAGAAGAAGUCAUCAAAUAAUAUAUAUGCAGCAGCAGGAGGUGAUAACAACAAUGAUGAUUUCGAUACAAGUAGUGGUGGGAAGGUUAGUGAUAUGAAUGUAGAUGAAGAGGUGCCUCUUAUGGCUUCUUCGAGGCUUUCGCAUAUUGGGCGAUCACAGCUUAGCAGCCGAGAUGCAUGAUCUCAUAUACAUAAAUAGUAUCCAUACGUUUACCUUUUUACCUUUAGGGAUGUUGAUGUUCAUGUAUGUGGCUUAACCACCCAAAAUUGCUUCUUUUUUUCUUCUUUGUUAUGGAAAAGUAAAAGGGUAGAACCAAAUGAAGCAGUGUAUUGUAGCAUGUGAGGUUAAUUUUUGUUGAACCAAAAUAGAGCUGAAUGAGGUUAAAAUUGAUAUUACUCUGUGUGUUUUCUGUUCCAUAUGAUAUUAUGGUGAUUGGAAAGUGGUUUUCUGUAAUAAAACAAGAUUGGACU